UAAAGAUGUCUUCCACUUGCGAAGAACAUAAUUUGUAAAUAUAAUAUUAUACAUUUUCAAUAUUCUGAUUACAUAAAAUACCAAGAUGAUUAGACAUUGGUUUGAGACCCUGUUGGCCUGUUGAUCGGACGCGUAACGAGUAAAAAGUAACAGCGGAAACAUAUUAUUAUAUUUUAUAGAUAUUAUAAAUUAUAAUAUAGUAGAUAGUCCUCGGUUGCGUAUCCAGUGCACCCUAUAUAUUAUAUAUAUAUACACACACACACUCGUAAACAUAAUAUAAUAUAAUAUGGUGAUAAUAAUGUGUACAGUCAUCUGACACCGGUUUGAAGCCGUCCAAAUGACGUUGGAUUUCUGGAGAGAAUCGUAGUAGCGCUCGAACUUCAGUGCUCCGUUACUAUCGCUCGAACACGUUACAGCAGCAACUAUUACACAUAUAUCGGCAACGUCGUACAUCUCAAUAACAACACUGAAAUUCACAAUAAUAUUAUUGUUAUUGUGAUUUAUGCGUAUGAACAGUGCCGCAGAGUAAUACCGGCGAGCUGGUGCUAAUAUUAUAAUACUACAUAUGCGAGUGUAACCCCAUAAACCACCCGUUUAAUUACCAUACAGUUUAUUAUUUUUUACGAUGGAAGAAAACGCGCCGGGGCCGAGCACGCAACCAGAACCGCCCGUCGUAGUGAACGUCCAAAAACCGUUGAAUAAUUCUUCAGUGACGCAGGGAUUCAUAGCCGUGAUAUCCUUGUUGCCAUGUGUAAUUUCAGGGGCCAUCUUGGGAUUUACUGGUGUCUCAAUGUGGAAUUUGCCACUGUCAUAUCGAAAUGCGACAUGGUUCGCUAGUCUGGCCUCUCUUGGUGCCGCUGGGGGCUGCUUGAUCUCUCACAGCUUGAUGAACGCGUUCGGACCCCGAGGCUCGGUACUGCUGAGCCACGUGGUUUGCGCCAUCGGUUGGAUGCUGACGUUCAGCAGCUGGACCACCACCAACCUACUCGUGGGACGCGUGCUCACCGGCGUGUUCGUGGGCGUCGUGUCGGUUGCGGCCACCGCGCACAGCUCCGAGUGUUUCCCUGCACGGUCCACCGCCCGGCCGGUCGUCUACACCGCCAUCGGAGUGCUGUGCGUGUACCUGGCCGGGUCACUGCUCAGCUACGCGCAGACAGCCGCCGUGGUCAUGGUGGUCACCAUCGUGUCGUUCGUUCUCGUCCGGACGUUCGUGCCAGAGAGCCCGGCGUGGCUGGAGUCCCGUGGCCGCACUGGUGACGCCGAGUACUCCAGGCUCAAGUUAAGGCUUCAGCGGCAGACGGAUGCCGAGGACGGUGUGGAACCCUCGACCCGCAGCGCUGGAGACCGAUCCACUGCCGCCGAGGCCAUCUACCGGCGAGUCCACCAGCCCGAGAUCUACCGGCCGUUGCUGGCGCUAGCCCUGCACCUGGCCCUACAGCAAAUGUCCGGCCCGAUGGUGUUGGUGUCGUACGCCUCGCAAAUGGUGGGCGACUCUGGCGUGCGCGUGCUCAACGGCCACUUCGUAGCGGCCGUACUGGCGGCGUUCCUUGUGGCCGGCGCCCUAGUGUCCACCGCCAUGGACCACCGGGAAUCAUCGGCCACGCUAGCGGCCGCCGGCGCGCUGACGGCCGGCGUGGUCAUAGCCGUCUACAACCUGAUCCGCCGGAUGUUCCUCAACCGGCUCGGCUCGCAGCUGUUGAGCUUCGUCCCGUUACUGGGCCUGAUCGUGUUUUCCAUGUCCAGCAGCGUCGGUCUGGUGCCUCACUCGCCCGUUCCACGGUACGCGGCGGGCGAGCACGUGGCCCUAGCGUUCGGGUACACCGUCGCCUUCGCGGUCAUCAAGUGCUAUCCGUACGUGCACGCCGCCGUCGGCUGGUGGGUGUUCGCCGUUUUCGCGGUCGCGUCCGCCCUGAACAUCGUUUACGGCGUUUUGAUGUUUUCCGAACCGGAGUCCUCCAAGCAGCAGCGAAACACCGCAGCCAAACGAUCGUCGGUCGGACCGGCGGUUUAACCAUAUGCCGCGAUGAUGA